AUGGCCAGCUCCAGUCCAGGCGCUGCCCGCCCUGCCCGCCCUGCCACGGGGCCAGUGGCGGGGACCCCGGCGGGCGUCGCCCUGGUGGCUCCAGAGCCGGGGCUGGCGUUCGGCCACGCCGCCGGCCCCUCGGGGGGCCCUAUCGGUGGCCCCGCAGGAGGGCCCAGUCCCGCAGCGCAGCUACGGGCCGCGGCGGCGAGGGGAGACCUUCAGGAGGUGGUCCGCCUGCUCGGGGAGGGCGCCAAGCUGCUUCCAGAUGAGGAGGGCCGCACGGCGCUGCACUUCUCCGCCUCGGCCGGCCACGCCGACGUCGCGGCCGCGCUCAUCAUCGCGGGGGCCGGCGUCAACGCCACGGACUCGGCGGGGUGCACGGCGCUGCAGAGGGCGGCGGCGGAGGGGCACUUGGACCUGGUGAAGCAGCUCAUAAAGCACAAGGCCGAUGUCAACAUGCAGGACAACGGGCCCGGCAACACGGCGCUCCACGAGGCGUCCUGGAAGGGCUUCUCGCGGUGCGUGCAGGCGCUGUGCGGCGUCCGCGGCGCCGACCUGUCCCUGCGGAACCACGCGGGCUUCGCGCCGCUGCACCUCGCCUGCCAGAACGGCCACAACCAGAGCUGCCGCGAGCUGCUGCUGGCCGGCUGCGACCCGGACGUCAGGAACAACUACGGUGACACGCCGCUGCACACGAGCGCGCGCUACGGCCACGCCGGCGUCACGAGGAUCCUGGUGAGCGCCGAGUGCAAGGUGUCGGAGCAGAACAAGAACGGCGACACUGCUUUGCACAUCGCGGCCGCCAUGGGCAGAAGGAAGCUGACGAGGAUUCUGCUGGAGGCGGGCUGCACCAAGAGCCUCAGGAACAAGCAAGGGGAGACGGCGCGCGACAUCGCGACCCGCAAGGAACUCACCGAGAUCCUCACUAUCUUGAACAACCCCGUGAUCCCUAUGCCGAGGCACAAGGACGCUAGCAAGGAGAUCACCAGCAGCAGCAACAACAAUAACAACAACAGUAAAAAGAAGAAGGCGGGGCGAUCGGGUCGAGGCUCCGGGUCGCGCUCGGGUUCGCGCUCCGGGACUGCCAACGGUCCGGCCGCGGCGGGCGGCGCGGCUGCAGGCGCGGGGCCUCCUCGUGCUGCUGCAGGGGCAGCGGGCGGCACCGGGUGGUCGCCGUACGGCUGCCACUACUACCCCGACACGACGUCCUUCCCGCAGCCGCGCCUCGACUCGCUGCCGCCCGAGCCGCUGCGCAAGGGCGAGCAGUACUACUUGGACCUGGCGGGCAACAUCCGCAAGGGCCCCGUGGGCGUCGGCUACACGUGCUACUGCGCGCCCUUCUUCCGGCACAUGGAGCAGCGCCUGGACCGCGACAAGCAGGACCUCAAGCGGCACAUCAACCAGGCCGUGGAGGGGCUGGAGCGGCGCACGCAGGGACACAUCUCGCAGCUGACGCGGUCCCUGGCGGCGGAGCGCGCGCGCUGCUCGCAGCGACACCUCCACCUCCAGCAGUGGCUGCGCGGGGUCGGGGCGCGGGGCGGCGCCGCGGCCGACGCCGUGCUCGGCGGGGGCGUGCCGCGGGCGCGCAGCGUCGACUCGCUGCUGGAGCGGCCGCUGCACCACGAGGCGGCCCUGCUCGAGGAGGGCCAGGCCGUCCUCGACGUCGGCGACGAGAUGGAGGUGCUGUCCGAGGGCGACAACACGGCGCGCCGGAAGGAGAGCUUCUUGCGGCGCGGCGGCCGCGGCAAGAUGCCGCGCCUGCGUCCCGGUCUCAGUUGGGACGUGCUGGCCGAGGCCGACAAGGUCAUGGCCGCCACCGACCCCAGCCACAGGCCGCACGACCCUCUGCUCAGCGUGGCCAGGCUGCAGAGCAGGGCACGCCGGCAGCAAGCGCUGCAUCAGCAGCAACAGGAGCAGCACGAGCAGCGGCUCCACGACAUCGCGGCCAGCUUGCCGUCCCACCAAGACCUCGGCGUCCUGGACGAGCGCGUGUCGCAGUGGCGCGGCCAGCAGAGGCGACUCAUGCUGGAGGUGGCGCGCGCCAGCCGCGAGAUCGCCGAGCUGAAGAGGGUCACGGGCAGGGACCGUGGCCGAGGCAUCGGCAGCUCAGGGUCGGAGCUGGACAGCAGAGGGCGGGACAGCCGCGCCAGCCGCAACGGGCGCGACAGCCGCGGCAGCAGGGGCAGCAGGGGCAGCAGGGGCAGCAGGGGCAGCAGGGGCAGCCGCGGCACCACACGCAGGCUGCAGACGCUGGACCAGGUGGACGAAGCAGGCGGCCGCAGCUCGCCCAGCUCGGGGCCCGGGCCCGGCCGCUCCGUGCAGUACCUCCACGCUGAGGUGCACGCGCCCCCCUCGUCCUCGGUCACGGCCUCGGCGUACCGGCGCAGCCGCAGCCAGGAGCUGCUCCGCGUCGAGCCCAUCGUGGCCGUCUCCCGGUCGCCGACGCCGCCCCCUGGCGUGGGCGGCCACACGUCGCCGUCACCCUCCCAUUCGCCCUCGCCGACGCCGUGCUCGCCCGCGGCGCGCGCCUCCCGCUGGCACGGCGUCAGCGUCACGGCGGAGGACAUCGAGAACUGGCGCCGGCUGGACCGGCUGCGUGCGCUAGACCUGGACCAGGAGGGUGACCCCGACGGCGGCGGCAUGGUCAACAACCCGGACUACGAGGUGCAGGUGGAGGACGGCAUCCUGUUCAGCUCGGACCUGCGCGACUUGAGGGAGCUCCGGGAGCUCCGGGAGCUGAUGGACCUGCGAUUGCCGCCGCUGCCGCAGCCGCAGCAGCCCACGGCGGCCAUGCGGGCGCAGCAGAACAUGCAGCAGAGCGCCGCGCCUGAGCCCACCUGCAGUGUCAGCAGCAUCCCCACGGGACCGAGAGGGCUGUCCAGCGCGCCGCCCCCCGCCGCCGCCGUCCUGCACCCCAAGCCCAAGUUCGCGGCGCCCUUCCACCAGCAAGGGCUUCCAGCGCACAGCCCGCAGGCGCCGCAGGGCCCCAAGGGCGACGUGGUGCCGCUGCCUCGGGGCGCCUCCAGCGCGUCCGCCAACGCGUCCUCCAACGCGUCCGCCAACACGGCCGCCACCGCUGCGCCGGUGCCGCUCAAGCGAGGCGCGCACGUGCCGCUGCGGAAGUCGGUGCACGACAUGGUGGCGCGCAUCCAGACGCACAUGCUCAACAACCUGAUGGGGCGGCAGGGCGGCAAGGCCAAGGACCAGCACGGUGACGCCCCCGCCGCCGCCCCCGCCGCCACCACCACCGCCGCCCCCAGGGAGAUGGCCAUCGACGUGGGCGACUGCGUGCAGGUGCAGGCCCGCCGCGUGCAGGCGUGCCACCAGGACGACGACGACUCCGAGUCCAGCGACGGCGAAGAGAUUGGCGCCGUGCCCAGCCCCAUGGGCAGCGGCCUUGGCCACGGCCUCGGCCACGGCCCGGACUACGAGAACGUGUCGCGCUGGAGAGAGGAGCGUGACCGCGAGCGGGACCGCGAGCGCCACCUGCAGGUGUCCGAUCUGCCCUACCGAAGCCGCACUGCCGUGUACAGCCCGGACGCGGACCCCGACUUCCUCGACAUCCCCAUGACCAACGGCCACGGCGUCAACGGCCACCCUAUCAACGGCCACGCCGUGAACGGCCUCAGCAUCAACAGCCGCCCCAUCAAUGGCCACCCCGUCAAGGUGCUCGGCAUCAACGGGCAUGUCAACGGCCUCAGUGUCAACGGGCUUCACCAGGAAUCGACGGGGAUGGUGAACGGUCUGAGGGAUGGACCGCACACCCUGGCCCUCGGGCACGCCAUGACCCACCCUCUGAACCAUCCCCUGGGGCUGGGGCCGCUGGGCCUGCACCACAGCCCCGCGGGCACCCCGGACCUGGAGCUGGAGGUCCACGGCCACCCCCUGGGCCACCCCUUCCACCACCACCACCACCACUACCCCUACUCCGGCAACAGCGGCAGCAACAGCGGGAGCGGCAUGUACUCGCCGGACCACGGGGACUCUGGGUACAGCACCAGGCUGGGAGGCAGCUCCAACUCCAAGGGCACGUCGCCAUCACUGUCCGGGCUUGACAGCGAUGGGCUUCUGCAGAAUGCAGCUCCGCGCAGUGCUGCCGCUCUCAACAUGGCCAAUGCUGCAGCUGCUGCUUUGGUGCACCAGCGACACACGAAUGCAAGCCUCGUGUAAAUCAUGUACUCUUUAGUGUUUUGUAAUUGUAUUAAAAAAAUUGUAUAAAUGAUGCAAACUAUUUAUGUUGAAAAAAGAAUUAACUUGGUGAAUAGAGAAUUUAUGUUGUGAUAUGUUGUAAAUAUGUCAUUCUAUGUCAAACCAACUGCUUCAGAUUGUUGGUUUACUGAAGUCUACAUUUUAGUAAAUAAUGUAGCAUACAAUGGUUUGAAGAAAAAUUCAAGCUAGUGCAUACCAAAAAACCAGGGCUGUGUUGGUUUGGCAAAGAAUGAUUUUUGGAAGAAAUUCCUUUGAAAAUGCUGAGUGCAAAUUUUGUUGCCUACAUGAAUGUAAUAAUAGUCUUCAAUAUCUGUAACUAUUUUAACUAUUGUUGAUCAUUUCCUUCUCAUAAGUUAUGUUUAGUGUUGAUGUUAAAAGAAAAACGUACAAAUAAAGUUUUGCCUCAAGUUAA